AAAGAAGUUGCAUUGCGGUGUUUGGUGUUGGCCUUGACCUUUUUGUUUUUGUUUUUUUUUUGGUCACCACCGGCUGUCGAUAAGCGAGUGCAUAGGCGAGGUCACGAACGCAUAACGAGGAAAUAGCGGACGUCUUGUCGGACGCUUGUACUUGUGCUCAUCCUUGCAUUUUCGAAAUUUGUUUGUGAGCGACACGAUUUUUGUUUAUCGCCAUGGCGUCCCUACGACCGGCUGUUACCUCCAACCACGCACCGCUUAUUCGUUGCACUCGCCGUCUUCUUUCAUACCGAUACCCACGCCCGUCUGCAUGCUUCCUGAAACCUAUUGGCAAUGGCAGCAGCGCACGACGCUUGUCAAGCGCCUCAGCCUUUGACGUCGAACCUAUCCUGUCACCAGUCCAGCGGCCGAUAGUGGCGGAAACGCCAGCUGUAACAUCUGCCCCACUCAACGACGACCAUCAUGCUGUUGUCAGUACAUUUGAUCUGUUCAGCAUCGGGGUUGGGCCAAGCUCCAGUCACACUGUCGGACCAAUGAGAGCAGCCAAAAUCUUUUUGGAGGAUUUGAGGAAAGCCGGAGUAUUGGAGCGGGUCAAAAUUAUGAAGGUGCAUUUGUAUGGAAGUCUGGCGUUAACGGGAGAAGGACACGGCACACCCAAUGCUAUUCUUAUGGGACUGGAAGGGGAAGCUCCUGAAAAGGUAGACGCUCAUUCCAUUCCAACCAGAUGCCGUACGAUCGCCGAAACCUCCACCCUCACACUCAACGGGACUCACCCAAUUGAUUUUCACCCGACUCGUGACCUCAUCUUCCACCCCGCAGCUUCCCUCCCUCAACAUCCCAAUGGCAUGCGCUUCCUUGCCAUGGAUGAAUCUGCAGAGCUCGUAGCGUGCAACGAAUAUUUUUCAAUCGGUGGUGGCUUCGUUGUGAAUGAACGUACGCGUGUCGCCCACGGUGAAAACGUGUACUACAUGUCGUACGAUCCGAGCGCUGUAGAAGAGGGUAGGAAGAAUCAAGACUUGGCUGUAACAACCGCUGCCCUACCAUUUCGUAACGGCCAACAACUGCUGGAGGUUUGUCAUCGAGAAGGAAUGAGUAUUGCCCAAGUCGUCUGGGAAAACGAGCGCAGAUGGAGAUCAGCUGAAGAGAUCCGACGAAAGACCAAGCAAAUUUGGGAGGUGAUGGACAAGAGUAUUGAAAAUGGAUGUCUGGCGGAUAAAAAUGACGUGCUUCCAGGGGGGCUCAAAGUCCAGCGGCGAGCGCCUGGGUUGUAUCAAAAAUUGCAAAGAGGCAUUUAUGGCCAGCGUGGCGGUGGUGUAGGACGGGCAGAAUCAACAUCUACUCCAGUGCCCGCGCAACGGUCAAAGGGUGUGUCGCAGUAUCACAAAGAUGGAGUGGAUGUCCUCAGGCGAAGAAAUCGUAAACGAAUGGUUCUUCCUGCCUUGGACUUUUUGAGUGCUUAUGCUAUUGCUGUGAAUGAGGAGAAUGCUGCAGGAGGACGAGUAGUCACAGCUCCAACAAAUGGUGCAGCUGGUGUCAUUCCGGCUGUACUCAAAUACUACCUCGAAUUCUUCUCUGACGCCAGCGAUUCUAGUGCUCACGAAUCAGACAUCACCGAGUUCCUUUUCACUGCUGCGGCAAUAGGUAUGCUCUACAAACGUGGAGCCUCCAUUUCCGCAGCUGAGAUGGGAUGUCAGGGGGAGGUCGGUGUGGCGUGUUCCAUGGCUGCUGCUGGCUUCGCAGCUGUUAUGGGCGCUAGUGUGGAAAUGGUCGAGAAUGCGGCGGAAAUCGCCAUGGAACACAAUCUGGGCUUGACGUGUGAUCCAGUCAAGGGGUUGGUACAGAUUCCGUGUAUCGAGAGGAAUGCUCUUGGAGCAGUUAAAGCUGUCACUGCAGCCCAACUGGCGCUAAAUGGCGAUGGAACCCAUCGAGUGAGUUUGGACAAUGUGAUUGAGACGAUGAGGCAAACGGGCGUGGAUAUGCAAUCGAAAUACAAGGAAACCAGUCAGGGGGGAUUGGCAGUAAAUGUUCCCAUCUGCUGAAACCGACAUUAUGAAACGACAUUAAAACAUGUAUAUCAAUAAACCUACAUACAACUUUUUAACUCAUGCUCAAGUGUGCCCAACUCGUCACUCCAUCCACAAAGCUCAACACUUUCCUGACUAC